AUGAUUCAAAAACGACAAACUAUUAUUAAACAAAUAAUAAAAAAAAGUCAUUUUCAUAUGAAUCUAUGUGAAGAAUAUUAUAGAAAAAUAAUUGAAGAAUUUGUUGCUAAAUUAGAAAUUGAAAUGUCAAAACAUUUAGAUGAAUUACAAAAGAAAAUGGAAGAAACCAAAGAACACGUUUUUAUAAAAUCACACGAUAAAAUUAAACUUUUAUCAAUAAAAGUAGAAAAUGCUAAAAAAGAAUUUCUUCGUCGAUUAGAAUCUGCUACUAAAGCUAAACGUCAAGAAAUCUUAGAUCAAAUAACAAAUAUUUCCAUAGAUAAAACACGUCAACCUAUUGGUUAUGAACAAUUAAGAGAACUUAAUCUUAAAAUGUAUUCUACUGUUGGUGUCAAGCCAGAUGGACAAGGUUGUGUUAAUAUACCUGAGAGAGACAAAUAUAUCAAAGACAUUAAAAAUGUUAAACAACAUGGAACACCUAAAAAACAAUUUUAUAGUACAACUGAUCUAAUUCAACAUUCGGAAAUCGUAAACAAAAUCAAUAAAUAA